AUGAUGGCAGGAAAAGUUAUGGCAGAGACGGAGGAACAGAGCCGAAUACGAUUUCAAGUGGAACUUGAAUUUGUACAAUGUUUAGCAAAUCCAAAUUACAUUCACUUUUUAGCACAGCGAGGUUACUUAAAAGAGCAGACAUUUGUGAAUUACUUAAGAUAUCUGCAGUACUGGCGUGAGCCAGAAUAUGCACGCUACCUCAAAUAUCCAAUGUGCUUGCAUUUCCUAGAACUACUUCAGCAUGAGGCCUUCAGAAGAGAAUGUGUUUCAGCACAGGUUUGUAAAUUUAUGGAUGACCAAGCUAUUUUGCUCUGGCAACAUUAUACUAGAAGAAGAACACGUACACUGCAACCAGCUGAUGCACCGGCACCCCCUGCACCUCCAGCCACAGCUCAACAAGGACCUCCAAGACAGCAAUCA